GUUCACCUUGAAAAACUUUGUUACGACGCAGUACCACCCUACACAAUUUAUACUCGACAUGGAUACAUCAUCGAAUUUCGAGGCGGUGAAAAUGAUAAAACUAAGGCUCGCGGUUUCCAUAUAUCAUUCAAAUUCGUGCCCGAACAGAUGUCUGAGAGAAUUGGCAACGAUGUCAGUGGCGGCAGGCUAAACAGCGAAGCUUUCCAAGAUCUCUCUUUCUCAUCGUCUUCUUCUGCCGGCAACGAUGCUCUGGCCAGCCAAAUAAGACCAAGUGAAUUCUUACUUCACUUCUUCGUUUUCAUCCUCUUCACUUUGUGUUUGCGCGUUUGA